AUGGAGGCGAUGGAGGCGGCGGCGGCGGAGGGUCCGGGGCGGCGGGAGCUGCUGGCGACGGUGGCGGCGCAGGAGGAGCAGCUGCGCGAGUACCGGGCGCGGCUGCGGGACCUCGUCCGCGCCCACAAGGGGCUGCUGGCGGAGCGGGCGGCGCUGGAGGCCGGCCUGGCGGCGCUGGCGGGGGAAGCGGCGGCGGCGGCCGAGGGCCCAGCGGCGGCGGGGGAGGCGGCGGCGGCGGCGGCGGGCGGCCCCGAGGCGCGGCUGGGGGCGGCGCUGGCCACGCUGGCGCGGGAGAAGGCGCGGCUGGAGGCCAGCUGGCAGGCGGAGCGGCGCGCGGCGCGGGCGGAGCGGGAGCGGCUGGAGGCCGAGGCGCGGGAGGCGCGGGGGCGGCUGGCGGCGCAGCAGCGGGACCGGGCGCAGGAGCAGGCCGACCACGCCGACAUGCUCCGGGAGCUCCAGCGGCUGCUGCAGGACGAGCGGGCGCGGCGGCGCGAGGCGGAGCUGGGCCUGGAGGCGGAGCCGCGGGAGCUGCGGGCCGAGCUGGAGCGCCUGCGGGGCCACUUCCAGGCGCAGCUGCUGCAGGAGGCCGGCAAGGCCGCCCAAGCCGACGAGCACCUCCGGAUGGGAGAGCAGCGCGGAGCCGCCCUGGAGGCCCGGAUCUCGGAGAUGUCUGAGCUGCUGGGCGCCUACGAGAAGGCCAGGCAGAAGGACCAGGCUGCCGUCCGGAAACUGAAGGACCGCCUUGUCCAGCUGGACCUGGAGAACAAGACCCUGGCCGUGGCUGCCUCCGGCCACGCCGCCGUGGGCCUGGCCCUGCAGGACGGCCACCUGGACGCCAACGUGCUGAGCGACAAGGUGGAGAAGCUGGCGGAGCUGGCGCGAGUGGCCGCUGGGCGUGCCCCCUCUCUCGCCGGGGGGGAGGACGUCGAGGCUCUCUGCCCGGCUCAGCCCCCGAAGGAUGCGGAGUCUGGGGACGGGGAGAAGGCCGCCACCGUGGCCUAUUACCAGCAGGAGCUGAAGCAGCUGAAGGAGGAGUUUGAGAGGUACAAGGUCAGGGUGCAGGUGGUCCUGAAGGGCAAAUCGGCCAAGGAUGGGAACCUGGCCAAGGAGCUGGAGGAGAGCCAGGAGCAGCUGUCGGAGCUGAAGGAGAAGUACGUUGCCCUCCGCCUGUCCUGUGAAGCGGAGGCCAAGCGGCACCAGGAGCAGCUGGAGGCCAAGAGGCGAGAGGCGGCUCUCCUCCAGCAGCUGCACCGCCAGGAGCUGGAGCAGUGCCUGUCGGAGGGCCGGGAGAAGGCCCUCCGGCUGGAGGAAGAGAUGCACAAGCAGCGCGAACGGGCCCUGGCCAUCCUGGCAGAAAAGGACCAGGAGCUGCAGCAACUGAGGCUCCUGGCCUUGCCCUUAGGGCUGCAGGCUCCCAAGGCAGCCGCAGGGUGGCCGGUUAACGGUGGCAGCGGCAGCAGCGGCAGUGCCCACAGUGACAGUGGGGUGGGUGAUGAUGCUUUGGAGCCCCUGGCCCUGCCCCUCCCUGCCCCCAACGAGCCCACCUUCCUGCUGUACACGGAGCAGCUGGCCCGGAAGGAGGUGGAGGUCCUGGCCCUGAAGAAGCAGAAGCACCAGCUGGAGACGGAGGCUCACCAGUUGCAGGAGAAGCUGCUGGAGGAAGGAGAGAAGCACCGAGAGGAGGUCUCUCUGCUCCAGGGACACAUUCAGAAGACCUUCAGGGACCGGAGCAGGGAGGGGGCUAACCUGGAGUAUCUCAAGAACAUUUUCUACAGGUUCCUGACUUUGACAGAUUUGCUGGGACGCCAGCAAACCCUGACAGCCAUACUGACUAUUUUGCAUUUCAGCCCAGAAGAGAGACAGGCUGUCCUGAGCCAGGUGGGAGGAGGAAGCAGCAGCUGGUGGCUGUCAGGGAAGAGAUGAACCCCCCCCACCCCACCCCCAGUGCGAGGGUUGGGUGGGGUUGGGGUCAUAGUGAGGCUGGCUUUCCCAUUCUGGCCUCGGAGCAAGCAGGGGCCGUUCCUAGCCACAGGACCAGCCAGGGCUCCCAGAUCAGAUCCCAGCCUGAAUGUAGGGCCUCCCUGGGGGCUGCAGGGGUUCAGUUUGAGGUCUUUGUUCUUUUUUAAAGGGCUCCCUUCGGGAGUCUGGCCAGGGUUUGUUUCAAUGUUUGUGCCAAAUGUGACGGGGGGGAUUAGACUCUGGAGCUGGCCAAUAAAGCAUCAGCAGUUGAA